AUGGCGAGCAAGAACUCACGACACACGCCAUCACCGUCGCCCUCGUCUCCACCCCCCAACCAUGCACCAUCGAAGCUGCCCAAGUUUCUCCAGAAGCAGAACCGCGAUCGCUCAAAGUCAGUCACAGAUCCCGGGCAGAGCACGACGAGUCUUGGGAGCGGAAGCUCCGCAUCGGAGCCAACAUCAUCCAAGGCGAAGAAGGGCAGCAAGUUCCUCUCGAUAAGCAAGGACAAGGACAGGAAGUCGACCGACGGGUCCCUUCAGGAGACAGACGAGCCGCCGGUCAUCGUCGAGCCUAUCAGUAUACCCCGCCCACGGACACGUUCCGAGCGACCUGCCGCUCCGAGUUCUUCCUCACAUAUACCCACACCAACCCUGUAUGCAUCUACUUCAUCCACAUCCCGCAUCGGCGACCUCCCAACACGCCUGUCCGGCUGGUUCACACAUACAUUUUCUACUUCAUCCACGGACCUUUCUCUGCCUACUCUCCUCGCCCAACACUCAACCCCUCCAAGUAGUGCAACAAUGUCAAGCCCAAAAGGGAAGAGCAAUGCACUGCUGACGGCUGCGAAGCAUGGCAAGGGUCACCUCGACAAGGCAGUGCGGUAUCUCCUCGAUAGCGAUGCCGUGCCAGACAAGUGCACCGACCCAAUAUGGUUGCUUGGCGUCCAGCAUCCAGGCUACGAAGAGGGGGCAAGCUCGACUGUUCAUGGUGGCCGGCGGACCUCGAUAAGCCCGCACGCCUCAUCAUCGCCGCCUUCAUUUCGCUCGUCGACGUCAUCUGUAUUAUCUACGGCAACAACAGAUUCGGCAGUGUCGCUAUCACAAUCAACGUCCACGGCGAGACACUCUUCAAGCAAGGAAUCCAGAGACCCUUCAGCAAACUGGCCUCCUGCCUUUUACCUCGAUUUUACUUCGCGCAUCUGGUUAACGUACAGAUCGCACUUCGGGUCGCCCAUCAAGGACUCCCGGUUAGGUGACCUCGAAGUACCGUGUCUCCUACCUGAUCCCUCAACUACUUGGGACCCAUCGUUGUCUACGUCGGCUAAAGGAGGCACGCCGGGUAGCCCGACUGGCACACCAGUAACUACGCUUCUCAAGAGACCGUGGGGCUGGGGCGGCGAGAAGACGUGGAGCAGCGACUCUGGAUGGGGUUGUAUGCUUAGGACGGGCCAGAGCUUGCUUGCGAAUGCACUCAUUAGUGUGAAGCUUGGUCGAGAUUGGCGAUGUCCACCACACCCGAUUGUGACCGCGGACUAUGCUACAUAUGUGCAAAUCCUAACGUGGUUCUUGGAUACACCUAAUCCUGAGGCGCCAUUUAGCGUUCAUAGGAUGGCACUUGCUGGCAAGGAACUAGGUACAGAUGUUGGGCAAUGGUUUGGACCCAGUGUCGCCGCUGGCGCUAUUAGAACCCUCGUCAACAGCUUCCCGGAUUGCGGCUUAGCAGUCUCCGUUGCCAUCGACAGCACGCUCUACCGUACGGAAGUUUACGCUGCCUCCCAUGGCGAAGCCAGCACGAGCCGGUCGCCGAGAAGACGGCAUACAACGACCUGGGGCGAUCGCCCCGUCCUUCUGUUGCUCGGCAUUAGGUUGGGCAUCGAAGGAGUUAAUCCGAUUUAUUAUGAGACCAUUAAGCAAUUGUAUACAUUCCCGCAAUCUGUAGGCAUCGCUGGCGGUAGGCCAAGCUCUUCCUACUACUUUGUCGGGUCGCAGGCAGACAAUUUGUUCUACCUCGAUCCGCACAAUACCCGGUCUGCGAUUCCUCUACGGCCGCCCCCGCCACAGGCGAUCAUCGCCGUGCAAUUAAUGAGAGAACGGAUGGCUUUGGCGGGCAUGGGUGAUGAGAGUUUCGCAGAAGUUGAUUCGAGCUCGGACCUCGACCGAGAAGGAGAGAAGGAGGGGAAAGAGAAGAGGAGAAAGGCGGCGUCAACGAACAAUGUUUCAAACACCAGCUCGACGAUCCUCGGUGCCAGCAAUAGCACUACCUAUCGAACGGCGACACACCAACGUACACGGACACCAGCAUCACCCUCCUCAGUUCGGACAGGCUCCUCUAAUUUCUCAUAUCACGCCCCUGUCUCACCCUCGCCUCUUCAACAUCAAUUCUCCAACUCAAGUGCCGACUCGAGUGGCAAUGCAUCGUUCGAUCAGUCGUACGAGUACGACUAUUCUGUGGAGGAGUACCCUAGCUUAGGACCUUCCGCCAAGCAUUCGCACUCUAGGUCGCCGCCACCUUCAUACCCAGGACCGGGCGGCCACGGAAGAUGGCGGUCCUCCUCAGCAAGCCAGACACCUGGGAUGUCGCCGUCGAACUCAGACAUGGACCAUCGCGAGCUGGGCAUGUUUGGCGGAUCUGGAUCGAGAGGCAGCACGAACAACAGCUUCAGCGCAAGCAACAGCAACUCUACCAACAACAGCUUCAGCGGAAGCGCUCGUACAGGCGAAAGUGGCAGUGGUCUAGAUCCGGUACAGAUGCACUAUUGCACAGCGUACAGCGCUGCCGAGCUCAAGACGUUCCACUGCGAGAGAGUUCGGAAGAUGCCACUGAGCGGCCUUGAUCCCAGUAUGCUGAUUGGGUUCUUGUGUCGUGACGAGGCGGAUUGGUGGGAUUUCAAGAGAAGAGUCGGAGAGCUUCCGCGUACGAUAUUCUCCGUACAGGAGGAGCCGCCAACGUGGCCCUCUGACUCGGACGACAACAUGGGUUUAGAGUCAAUCUCGGAGCCAGACGACAUUGACCUUGACGAGGAUGGUGUUGAGGUUGAUGGUCGAGGCGAAGGCGACGAUUCAGAUAACGAAGACAACGAAGAUGAUGGCGAUGGCGACAACGAGCAAUUUUUCGAUACCCAGUCGAGCGGCGCAGGCAGUGGCCAAGAGCGCAGCGAGCGAGGAAGGAGUGACGUGGACACGGAGGAGGAUCCGGUGGACCCGGUUACUCCUGGCCCGGGUUCGAGGUUUGAUGUACCCCCUCCACCAAUAAACGUAGGCAGAAAGGGUCAAGACGAGGACGAAGAGGACAAGGCAAUCGAGUUUAAACCAGAAGAUGGAGAAGGUUUUGAAGAUGAAGGUGACGAUAUCGAGGACGACUGGGUUGAUCCAUCGUUACCGACGCCGACGUUGUCCGGACCUUCAAGUUCGUUGAAAGAUCAUCAGCCGCUGCCACCACAGCCAACCCCAGUGGAUACGAAGGAGCCAUCCCCAUCCCCAUCCCCUCCAUCCUCUUCCAGCGUUCCGACACUCGCCAAGGGCAAAUCGUCCUCGUCGUCUAAACAUGUAUCAAAUUCAGGAAGUGUGAAGAGAUCGAAGAAGAUGCACAAACAGAUUCCUGUUCCUGUUCCUGCUGUUCGCCUUCCUUCACACUACCAGCAGCAACAACAAGAACACUAUCCCUUCCCGAUCACCCCUGCAGACGACGGGACGGUUUCACCUCAUGGAGAGAAGGAUCGGUCGAGGAGCUCGUCUGCGAAGGGUGGUGUCAGUGUAGGAGGCAAGAGAAUGCACACAGCGCGGGCUCGUGAUGGCGGACGGACACAAAGCGGCGGGGUCAAGGGCAUCUUGACCAAUGAUUAA